UACUUUGCGCACGGUCCCUAGCGUGGUGAUUUGCAUCCCGCUGUCGGCCUUGCCUGUUGGUUGCCUCUAGCAGCUGUCUCAGUCGGAUUCUGGCUGAGAAAGAGUCAAUCCCUGACCUGACCUGUUGUUUUACCAAGGCCGAGUGGGUGACAGGCUUCUUCCCAGAAGCUGAAGAUACUCUGGCUGGUCCUUCUCUCCCAAGUCAAGUGCCUUUCCCCGGUAAUGGACUGCCUUUCCGUGAGCUUCCACCCUGGCCAGGCUUUCCAAAUCUAACCUGUGAAGCCAGGUAAGAAACAUCCCCAGAAAAAUGACGGAAGAACCCAUAAAAGAGAACCUGGGAUCCCCAAAGUCUCCCACGCCCGUGAUAAUGGAGAAAAGCCCCAAGAGUGAAGUUGUGGUCACCAAGGUCCCCUUGGUCAGUGAGGUGCAGCUGACAGCCGCCACAGGGGGUGCCGAACUCUCCUGCUACCGCUGCAUCAUCCCCUUUGCUGUGGUGGUCUUCAUCACCGGGAUCGUGGUCACCGCUGUGGCUUACAGCUUCAAUUCUCAUGGUUCCAUCAUCUCCAUCUUCGGCCUGGUCCUUCUGUCCUCUGGACUUCUUUUAUUAGCCCUCAGCGCCUUGUGCUGGAAGGUGAGACAAAAAAAUAAGAAAGUCAAGAGACGCGAGAGUCAGACCGCUCUUGUGGUAAAUCAGAGAAGCUUGUUUGCUUAAGACGGAGUGAGACCAAAUGGGAAAUUUCACCCUAACACUCGGCUCCCACUUGCUGAGUUCGUUCAUAGGGAACCAGCCCAGGAGGGAAUGGGCUCAGCUUUGAAAUGGACUACCAAGAUGGAACUGGGGCAUAGAGAAGAUUGAACAUGAGGGGUCAAGACAGUUCCCCUUUGUGGGGAAUAACAUCUUUAACGACAAACUUAACCCUAAGGGCUAUUUCUAAGACAAAAGAAUCAGCUUUCUUUUUACCUUAUGCAUUUGGGGAACAUGGGAUAUGCACAACACUAAAUAGCAUUUGGUUCACGUUCAAGAAUAACCAAGGGAUGAUGGGCAAAUAACAAGAACCCUGGUGUACCGGGUCCGUAAAAGAAAUAGCCCAUGCUCCGCAAAGUGGUGUUAUAAGGACGUUCCGCCAAAGGCCUGCACUGACCUGGCAUUCCUGUGUACCUAUAAGGUUCUGUUAUAUUUUUUUUUCCACUAAGUUGAUUCUCUCGCCUCCCUUUUGAAAAGGUUUUCACUUUGAGUAACUCAUCACUAGUGGUACUUUAUCUUGAAGAGUAGACUAAUUUUUUAUAUAUAUAUUUUAACAAUGUACAAUUUUAGAUGAUUGUAAUGAUAUAUCAGAAGAAAACAGAAAAGUAGGAGACAACACAAAUGGCAUGGGGGGGUAAAUUAAUACUGAAAUAAUCCAACAUAGCACCUUUGAUGAUGGUUUUUAUACAAAAGUUUCAUGUGUAUUUCACUCAAAAUAAUAAAUACUCAUGGCUGCUGAAACUUCUUAA